AUGAAGUGCGGUUUCAUCAGCGUUGUCGCAUUCCUUGCAAGCAGCCUCGUCGCCGCGACGCCCAUCAGCUGCUCUCAAUACAAGCGCGACCUCAUCCUCAAAGGGGAACUCUCGCCUGAAGCCUGCUGCAGCUACGGACGAUGUCUCGGCGACGUGGUUAUCGCGAUGGUCUAG